AUGGGAUUUUUUUACGGUGAGUCGCCGAUUGCCCGCGUUUUCUCUGACAAGGCUGACGCUGGACAGGGCGGCGACCCAACGGGAGGAUUUGUAACGUAUUAUAGUCAGGGCUCUGCUGAACUCAUGGGCAUGAUCAAUGCCAGCGACAGCUCAGCGAUCUAUAUUGGUUCCGACUACAACACAGUGAUCGGGUCUACACAAGCAGCAGGGAGACCCAGCGUCCGCAUAUCCACGCAAAGAUCAUGGACCCACGGAUUGUUCAUCGGGGAUUUCAAUCACGCGCCGGGAGGAGUUUGUGGAAGUUGGCCUGCAUUCUGGACACUGGGACCCAACUGGCCUAACAACGGCGAGAUCGAUAUCAUGGAAGGAGCAAAUAUGGCCAACUACAAUGCGGCGACAUUACAUACGAGCCCCAAUUGUACGAUUGCUGGGGAUAGCAGGACCAUGACAGGCCAGUUGUCGAACAACAAUUGCGCCUAUUAUCCUGGCUACAAUGUCGGCUGCGGUAUACGCGAUAAUCGACCGGCCAGCUACGGCACCGGCUUCAACGCCAUCGGUGGCGGCGUUUAUGCGAUGCAGUGGACUUCUGACUUUAUCAGUGUGUGGUUCUUUCCCAGAGGCUCGAUUCCCAGCGACAUCACCAGCAAGACUCCCAAUCCUUCGUCCUGGGGUCUGCCAGCGGCGAAGAUGCAGGGUUCUUGUGUCUUUGACCAGCAUUUCCAAGCCCACAAGAUCAUCCUGAACAAUGCAUUCUGCGGAGAAUAUGCGGGAGCAACCAGUGUGUGGAACUCGACGACAAACUCUUGCGCCAUCAAUACUGGCUAUUCCACCUGCAACGCCUAUGUGGCGGCUCAGCCUGGAGCAUUCCAACAGUCCUACUGGAGCAUCAACUCGAUACGGGUUUAUCAAUUGGCGGAUCCUAGUGCCAAUGUCAGCAGCAAUGCCACAACAUAUAUUGCAAGCGAUCAGCCUACUCCGUCCAGCACAUCAACGAUCUCAUCCUCAACCCCAGUACCAACGACGAGUUUGUGCCCGACGUACAACUUCACCGUCGUCCAAGCCGGGGAUUACAAGUACGAAGUUGAAUGUGGAGUCAACAUCGGCGGGUCUGAUAUUGGACGACCCUAUCCCAAUUACCCCGUGAACUCGUUCGAGGACUGUGUGGCUGGAUGUAGCUACUGGAACACCUUCAAUAUUAGCAACAUCUGUGGCGGCGUGACAUACAGGGUCAGCACCAGAGCAUGCUUCUGGAAACGAAACGUCGGAAGCACUCCCGCAGAUCCCAACUUCAACAGCGCCAGGCUCAUCUACUAUGCCUAUCCACAGGUGACGGACGACCCGCGAAAGCGGACCUCGAGCAGCAGCAGUACAUCAUACGUGGCGACUUCAGUCACGCCUCAAUACUAUGUUGCUGCGGGAACCACUUCGUCGACGUCGUUCUCGCUGAUCUCGGAGACACCGAUGUCGAGCUUUACGGAUGGUGUUCCCUUGGGGGAGACGACGACCGACGAUGGUUCUUCCACCGCGUCUGAUGGUUCGACGACAACCUACGGCGAGCCCGUCGUCUUCUACCACGUCUUCCACUUCCCGGCAUUCGACCGUGUCAUCAACCAGUACCGCCUCUACCACCUCUACCUGGUCCAGUGUUUCGUCGAUUUCCAGCCUGUCAACAGCCCCGACCACGAAUCGACCUUCUUCUUCUUCGUCGUCGUCGUCGUCGUCAGCGGGAACGUCAACAAGCAGCCCUACAGCGACCUCAACGAGCGGGCAGCUAUCCUCUUCAAGGUCAACAGCGUCAAGCUCAUCAACCAUACCCGUGAGUCAACCCACAACCGUAAGUAUUGCGAGCUCGACCUCUACUUUGGGGUCAUCGUCGUCAGAGAUGUCCCUUUCAUCCCAUUCUGUGAGCUCCUUUGCGACUUCUGGCGCAUCUGCUACCGCGACACCGACGCAGUCCCAGUCUCAGUCUCAGUCUCAUACUCUAUCCUCAUCGACGACCGCAACAGUGUCUCUUCCUCUGUUAUAACUUCGUCUCCGCCUCCUCCCCCUUCAUCGACUGUCUCUUCCUCAAUCCCGCCGUCGCCGCCUUCAACAACGCCUCCAGUCACUCCAACGUCAUCUCCUACGGCCAGCCAACCGUCGACGUCAACGACGAGCAGCUUUCUUGGUGAUUCCACGUCUUCGUCUGCGUCACCUUCACCUCCAUCAACAUCCACUUCUCUUUCUGAAGAUUUCUUCUCCACCCCGACCUCCCUGCCCUCCAGCAGCUCUGUUAGUUCUUCAACGACUCCCCCAGCCUCGACCACGACCACGGUCUCAACCACACCCACUACGACGGAUACUCUUCCGGGUCCAACCCAAGUCUCCUCCUUUACAUUCGCAGGCUGUCUGGGACCGCGGCCGGACACUGCGUUUGCCAACAGCUUCACACUGGUGGAGGACUCUCCGCUCAUGUCGAUCGAGAGAUGUGUCGAUGACUGCUCAUUGGAUGUAUACGCCGGUCUCUUUGAUACGCAAUGCUACUGUUCCACAUACUCGCUGCCUCUGGACACCGACACCGCGUCUUCCGACGACUUUGUCCGCUACCCGGAUUCGGCAUGUAACACGACGUGUCCGGGCAAUCCUGCGCAGAAAUGUGGAGGGGUGGCUCGUUUUCCUCCCCUGACGAGGCUUGGUAAGAGACAACUCGUCGACGCGAACGGCGAUAUUGUGCUCUUGACGUUGUAUAACAACACGGGUGCUGACGUUGGCGGUUCAUCGUCGACGACGACGUCGACUUCUUCGGUGGAUACGACGGUCGUGUCAACGGCAUCAUCGUCCGUUACGACGUCGAGUAGUGGAAGUAUGAGCACGAGCGCGAGUGUGAGUAUUUCAGCAACAGGAACAGCAUCACCGUCCUCGUCAUCCCCGUCAUCAUCAACGACAACACCAGUACCAACCGCACAAACGAGUUCCACCCUCUCAUCCUCAUCCUCAUCGUCGUUCACCUUCUCCGACUCGGUAAUUUUCAUCACACCCACCUCUUCUUCUUCAUCGUCACCAAUACUCUCCCCCACAACCAUAUCGACCACAUACGCCACCAUCUGCGCCUCACAUCCCAUCUCCUGCCCCGUGCGGACAGAAACCUGUCUCGCGACAACCAUCACAGUCCUGCAUUGCGGAUGUACGGAUACGUCUCCAGUGGCGGUCCCCAUGACUACGACUGUCGUCGCCGCAUGCUCGACCCCGACACAGUCUCCCGGAGUGGGCGGGCAGGGCGAUAACGAGGUGGAGGAGAUGACAACCCUCACGGUCCCGUGUACCCAGUCCAUUUCGGCCUUGGAGGACGCCGUCUCGAGCUGGUCCGCGUCUGCUUCUCUCUCUGCACCAUACCACGCCCAGGUCGGCGCAGACUCGGGUGCAUACGCAAACGCAUACGCAUACGCAGAGGCCACGGCUACCGCCACCGCCGACGCUGAUGCGCACCCACACAGCUACGUCCCUUAUAGCUUCCCCAUCUCGUUUCCCAUGGCCACGUCCACGUCCACGUCCACGUCCACGUCCACGUCCACGACCACGACCACAACCCCGGUCGCCGAGACGGAUGUCGUGACCAAGAACCUCGUCCUCGUCCUCGCGACCGCAAAGUUCAAUUUCUCCCUGCCCCUGAAGAACGUCACCGUGAGUCCGAUGCCGGUGCCAGCGCCGUCGUCGUCGGUGGCUGCGUCGAGCGAGUCGAGUGUGUCUAGCGUGUCCGGCGCGGCGGUGGAAAUUCAUCAGUCUUCUUCUUCUUCUUCUUCUCCCUCCUCCUCUUCUCUUUCGCCGAGAAGAUGGUCUAGGACGUGGUCAUUGGUCCUCCUCUCCGUUAUCGCCAUAACCAUCACCAACGGGGGGAUUUUUGGUUGA